AAGUAACAACACGCCCUCUGAUUGGCUGUCUAGACUCCCACGAGGGGUCUCAUCCAAAAGAUUUCCGAAAGGGUUUAUUGUUUCUUUGCUUUCGGGAGCUGAAAUUGUUUGCUAUCUGCUCAGUUCUACAAUCAAAUAAAGAGACGGAAAAAUGGCUGGUGGCAAGGCAGGAAAAGACAGCGGCAAAGCCAAGGCGAAAGCAGUGUCCCGCUCUCAGAGGGCUGGGCUGCAGUUCCCAGUGGGUCGUAUCCACAGGCACUUGAAGACUCGCACAACCAGUCAUGGUCGUGUAGGAGCCACAGCAGCUGUGUACAGUGCUGCUAUUCUUGAGUACCUCACUGCUGAAGUACUAGAGUUGGCGGGCAAUGCCUCCAAAGACUUGAAGGUGAAGCGUAUCACUCCCCGUCAUUUGCAGCUCGCCAUCCGUGGUGAUGAGGAGUUGGACUCCCUCAUCAAGGCAACAAUUGCUGGAGGAGGUGUCAUUCCCCACAUCCACAAAUCCCUCAUUGGGAAGAAGGGCCAGCAGAAGACUGCAUAAAUGCCAUGUUGACCACAAAUUUCGGGGCUUGGGCUUUGAUAGGACCAGGAGUUCACAUUUGUUCUUUUUUAUUAAUAUUAUAGCAAAAGAAGAGUGAUUGUUAGGCUUUGUGUUGUAAUAUUUUCCCAUAACUAGAAAAAAGUACAGAAAAUCCCUUAAUGACAAAAAAACCCUUUGUAUGUUAUUGUAGUACGUUUGACUGGGGAGUUCAUGAUUAUUUCAAAUGGUGACAGUGAAUUUGUUUGAUUGGCCUGGGACUCUGUAAUGUUUUAUACUGAAAAAAGAAAUUGUUAAAACCAUUUUUUAUAUAAAAACUUGUUUUGUGGUUAUUUUCUUGAAGUUACAAUAUUUACUAUAUUACAAGUUUUUAAGCAGAUUGUUUUGGACAUCAGCAUGGAUAACAGCUAAAUGUGAGAUGGUGCUUUUUUUUUCCUCUUGACUUACUGUAAUAUUUUGAACUGCACAAGGAUAGUGAUGUAUUAAAAGUUGAAUUUUUUACAUCAAAGUGAAAUAUCUUUGAAAACUACUUAUUGCAACCUCUGCUACCUUCUUGUGUUGUUACUAGCAGUUUAAAAAUGUAUUAAACGCUGCUGCGAUCAGGAUUCUGAUCUUGCAGUGUUUUUGCCUCACUGUGGAGCCGUCUGUCAGGUACAUGCCACUGCAAUGUGAUUGGUACCUUGGUAUAUGGAGAAGAUUGAACAUCUGGCAGAUGUGAACCAUAUCAGUACUUUGAAGUGUACCCACAGUUCCUAAAUGUAUGCACAAACUGAAAUGUCCCAUCCAUAACUUUUUUUCAAGUUAAGAAGUCAAGAGUCUUUUCUAAAAGCUGUGUUCAGGGAAAUGACGUAUUUUAUCUUUGAAUAAAUACCCGUUGCAUGUUA